AUGGACUGUAGUGAUCAAUUCACAACUUAUUCGAUAUUCAAUGGUAGAGAUGCAUUACUUAGAUGGGCUCGUGAACAAGGGAAAAUGAAUAAUAUUGUCAUUGUAAUUAAAAGGUCUGAUUAUGGAGGUGAGGACAAGAGGAGUCCUCGUGUAAUACUUGCUUAUGAGAGGAACACACAUCAAUGCCAAACUGGCCCUAAGUCCUGCAAGUCUAGUGAGACAACUGAUAUAAGGUCGGAUGCAAAUAGUGAUAUGAAAAAAUGUGCUAGGGACACUGGUACCAAGAAAUGUGGAUGCCUAUUUUUGUUAAAAGGUGUCAAUAUUGGUGAUGGGGAUGAUUGGAAGUUGGAGGUGGUUUGUGAAGUACACAACCAUCCUAUUUCAAAGUAUCUUCAAGGUCAUUCAUUUGUGGGGCGACUUUCUAUAGAGGAGAAUGCCUUGUUGGUGGACAUGUCUAAGAGUUUGGUGAAACCCAUAGAUAUUUUGGUCACCAUUAAAGAUAGAGAUGCAAUGAAUGUUUCAACUAUGAAGACAAUACACAAUGCCAGGAUUUGA